AGCGGGAGGGUCAGGGAGAGGAGCAUUCUCCAGAGGCUAGAGGAGGUUGAGCUGCAUCCCUGCUCUGCCCGUGCCUAUGUGGUACUUGAAGGAUGGCGAAGAGGUCGCGCAGUGAGGAUGAGGAUGAUGACCUUCAGUAUGCUGAUCAUGAUUAUGAAGUACCACAGCAAAAAGGAUUGAAGAAGCUCUGGAACAGAGUUAAAUGGACGAGAGAUGAGGAUGAUAAGCUAAAGAAGUUGGUUGAGCAGCAUGGAACUGAUGAUUGGACUCUAAUUGCUAGUCAUCUUCAAAAUCGUUCUGAUUUCCAGUGCCAGCAUCGAUGGCAGAAAGUUUUAAAUCCAGAAUUGAUAAAGGGUCCUUGGACUAAAGAAGAAGAUCAGAGGGUUAUUGAAUUAGUUCAGAAAUAUGGACCAAAAAGAUGGUCUUUAAUAGCAAAACACUUAAAAGGAAGAAUAGGCAAGCAAUGUAGAGAAAGAUGGCAUAACCACCUGAAUCCUGAGGUAAAGAAGUCAUCUUGGACAGAAGAGGAGGACAGGAUAAUCUAUGAAGCACAUAAGCGGUUGGGAAAUCGUUGGGCAGAAAUUGCAAAACUACUUCCUGGAAGGACUGAUAAUUCUAUAAAAAAUCAUUGGAAUUCUACUAUGCGAAGAAAAGUGGAACAGGAAGGCUACUUACAAGAUGGAAUAAAAUCAGAACGGUCUUCAUCUAAACUUCAACACAAACCUUGUGCGCCUAUGGAUCAUUUGCAAACCCAGAAUCAGUUUUACAUACCUGUUCAGAUCCCGGGCUAUCAAUACAUGUCACCUGAAGGCAAUUGUGUAGAGCAUGUUCAGACGUCUGCCUUCAUUCAGCAACCUUUUGUUGAUGAAGAUCCUGAUAAGGAAAAGAAAAUAAAAGAACUUGAGUUACUCCUUAUGUCAGCUGAAAAUGAAGUUAGAAGAAAACGAGUUCCAUCGCAGACUGGGAGCUUUUCUAGCUGGUCUGGUAGUUUCCUUAUGGAUGAUAGCAUGUCUAAUACUCUAAAUAGCCUGGAGGAGCACACAAGUGAGUUUUACAGUAUGGAGGAGAAUCAGACUGUAUCUGCUCAGCACAGCUCCCCCACAAAGUUCUUGGCUAUAGAGGCAAAUGCUGUGCUGUCUUCUCUACAGACGAUUCCAGAAUUUGCAGAGACUUUGGAACUUAUUGAAUCUGAUCCUGUAGCAUGGAGUGAUGUUACCAGUUUUGAUCUUUCUGACGCUGCUGCUUCUCCUGUUAAGUCCACUCCAGUUAAGCUAAUGCGGAUUCAGCACAAUGAAGGACCUAUGGAAUGUCAAUUUAAUGUCAGUCUUGUACUUGAAGGGAAAAAAAACAUUUGUAAUGGUGGAGACAGUGAGGCUGUUCCUCCAGCAUCUCCAAACAUGGCCAAGUUUAGCACUCCACCAACCAUCCUCAGAAAGAAGAAAAGAAUACGAGGGGGUCAUUCCCCUGGCAGCGAACUUGGUGAUGGCCCAUUCAGUGAUGGUGGGAAUACAGCACUAAAACACACACCGGUAAAAACACUACCAUUUUCUCCGUCACAGUUUUUUAACACAUGCCCUGCAAAUGAACAACUUAACAUGGAAAAUCCUUCAUUUACAUCAACUCCGAUUUGUGGACAGAAAGUCCUCAUUACCACUCCUCUUCAUAAGGAAGCAACCCCCAAAGAUCAAAAGGAAAAUGUAGGAUUUAGAACACCUACUAUUAGAAGAUCUCUGUUGGGAACCACACCAAGAACUCCUACUCCUUUUAAGAAUGCACUUGCUGCUCAGGAGAAAAAAUAUGGACCUCUUAAAAUUGUGUCACAGCCUCUUGCCUUCUUGGAAGAAGAUAUUCGGGAAGUUUUAAAAGAAGAAACUGGAACAGACAUAUUUCUGAAAGAGGAAGAUGAACCUGCUUACAAAAGUUGUAAACAAGAGCAUACUGCGUCUGUGAAGAAAGUCAGAAAAUCACUAGUCUUAGAUAACUGGGAAAAAGAAGCAGACACUCAACUAUUAACUGAAGACACUUCAGACAUGCAGUCAGAAAAUAUAUAUACAUCUUUGUUAAUGAUACCAUUAUUGAAAAUACAUGAUAAUAGGUGCUACUUGACUCCUGAAAAACAAGAUAUAAAUUCAACCAACAAAACAUGUACACUUACAAAAAAGAAACCAAACCCUAACAUUUCCAAAGUUGUCAAAUUGGAAAAGAAUUUUCAGUCAAAUUGUGAAUGGGAAACAGUGGUUUAUGGGAAGACAGAAGACCAGCUCAUCAUGACUGAACAAGCAAGAAGAUACCUAAGUGCUUACACGACAACCAGCAGCACUUCUAGGGCUCUAAUACUGUAA